CGGGUUUUGGAUUUGAUUCAAGACUCCAACCCUAAAGUCAGUUAGUUGAUUCGAAGAUGCUCGGAGAUUUCAUAACAAGAAUCAUAAUAUUGCUUGUGGGUUACGCGUACCCAGCAUAUGGAUGCUACAAAAGCAUCGAAAAGAAAAAGGCUGAGAUUCAUGAACUUAGAUACUGGUGCAAAUAUUGGAUUUUGGUGGCUCUUCUUACUGUUUUCGAAAGGAUAGGAGACAUCAUUGUAUCAUGGUUACCACUCUACGGUGAGAUCAAAAUCGCUCUUCUCAUCUACUUAUGGUACCCGAAAUCACAGGGACUUAGCUAUGUCUACGAGAAGCUACUGUGUCCUUACAUGUCAAAACAUGAAUCUGACAUCGAUCAAGGAAUCUCCGUCUUAAAGAUAAGAGGACAUUUAGUAAUUGCUCAACUACUGCAAUGUGGCUUCCACUGGAGCCUCCAAAUCUUCAAGCAAUUGCAACAACAAUUCGCCAUCGAUAAGAAUAAUAACCCAUCAAAGGCAAAAGAUCAACAACAAACAAGAACUUCUUUUAUGUUUCUCCGUUAGAAGAUACUGCUUUACUCUAAGCCACAAUCUCAAUAACCGGGUUUUUAACUG